CCGAGGCGGCGGCGGAGGAGAGGCGGCGAGCAGCCAGUCCGCGCCUGGGCGCCCGGGGUGGCACGAGCCCGCGGCCCGAGUGCGGGGCCGAGGCGAGGAGGCCGCGGGGACGGGAGUGGAGGCCGGCCGGGCCCCCGCAGCCAUGGAGAACGCGCACACAAAGACGGUGGAGGAGGUGCUGGGCCACUUCGGCGUCAACGAGAGCACCGGGCUGAGCCUGGAGCAGGUCAAGAAGCUCAAGGAGAGAUGGGGCUCCAACGAGUUGCCGGCUGAGGAAGGAAAAACCUUGCUGGAACUUGUGAUUGAGCAGUUUGAAGAUUUACUAGUUAGAAUUUUAUUGUUGGCAGCCUGUAUAUCUUUCGUUUUGGCUUGGUUUGAAGAAGGUGAAGAAACAAUCACAGCCUUUGUAGAACCCUUUGUAAUUUUACUUAUUUUAGUAGCCAAUGCAAUUGUAGGUGUGUGGCAGGAAAGAAAUGCUGAAAAUGCAAUUGAAGCCCUUAAGGAGUAUGAGCCCGAAAUGGGCAAAGUGUAUCGACAGGACAGAAAGAGUGUACAGCGGAUUAAAGCUAAAGACAUUGUUCCUGGUGAUAUUGUAGAAAUUGCUGUUGGUGACAAAGUUCCUGCUGAUAUAAGGCUAACUUCCAUCAAAUCGACAACUCUCAGAGUAGACCAGUCGAUUCUCACAGGUGAAUCUGUCUCUGUUAUCAAGCACACGGACCCCGUCCCUGACCCACGGGCUGUCAAUCAAGACAAGAAGAACAUGCUCUUUUCUGGCACAAACAUUGCUGCUGGAAAAGCCAUGGGAGUGGUGGUGGCCACAGGAGUUAACACUGAAAUUGGCAAGAUCCGGGAUGAAAUGGUGGCAACAGAACAGGAGAGAACACCCCUCCAGCAAAAACUAGAUGAGUUUGGGGAGCAGCUUUCCAAAGUCAUCUCCCUCAUAUGCAUCGCAGUCUGGAUCAUAAACAUUGGGCAUUUUAAUGACCCCGUUCACGGAGGCUCCUGGAUCAGAGGUGCAAUCUACUACUUUAAAAUUGCAGUGGCUCUGGCCGUCGCAGCCAUUCCGGAAGGUCUGCCUGCUGUCAUCACCACCUGCCUGGCUCUAGGAACUCGCAGAAUGGCAAAGAAAAAUGCCAUUGUUCGAAGUCUCCCUUCCGUGGAAACCCUGGGUUGUACUUCUGUUAUCUGCUCAGACAAGACUGGUACACUUACGACAAACCAGAUGUCAGUUUGUAGGAUGUUCAUUCUGGACAAAGUUGAAGGGGAUAGUUGUUCUCUUAAUGAGUUUACUAUAACUGGAUCAACAUAUGCACCCACUGGAGAAGUGCAUAAAGAUGAUAAACCAGUGAAAUGCCAUCAAUAUGACGGUCUUGUAGAAUUAGCAACAAUUUGUGCUCUGUGUAAUGACUCUGCUUUGGAUUACAAUGAGGCAAAGGGUGUAUAUGAAAAAGUUGGCGAGGCUACAGAGACUGCUCUCACUUGCCUGGUAGAGAAGAUGAAUGUAUUUGAUACUGAAUUGAAGGGUCUUUCCAAAGUAGAACGUGCCAAUGCCUGCAACUCGGUCAUUAAACAGUUGAUGAAAAAAGAAUUCACCCUAGAGUUUUCGCGCGAUAGAAAAUCAAUGUCGGUUUAUUGCACACCAAACAAACCAAGCCGGACAUCAAUGAGCAAGAUGUUUGUGAAGGGUGCUCCUGAAGGUGUAAUUGACAGGUGUACCCACAUUCGAGUUGGAAGUACAAAGAUGCCGUUGACUGCUGGGGUCAAACAGAAGCUCAUGUCUGUCAUUCGGGAGUGGGGCAGUGGCAGCGACACUCUGCGAUGUCUGGCUUUGGCCACCCAUGACAAUCCAAUGAGAAGAGAAGAGAUGCACCUCGAGGACUCGGCCAACUUCAUUAAAUAUGAGACGAAUCUGACCUUCGUUGGCUGUGUGGGCAUGCUGGACCCGCCCAGGGUGGAGGUGGCAUCAUCUGUGAAGCUGUGCAGGCAGGCCGGCAUCCGGGUCAUCAUGAUCACAGGGGACAACAAGGGCACUGCCGUGGCCAUCUGUCGGCGCAUCGGCAUCUUUGGGCAGGAGGAGGACGUGACAUCCAGGGCUUUCACAGGCCGGGAGUUUGAUGAACUUAGUCCCUCAGCCCAGAGAGAUGCCUGCUUGAAUGCCCGCUGCUUUGCCCGUGUUGAACCUUCCCACAAGUCUAAAAUUGUAGAAUUUCUUCAGUCUUUUGAUGAGAUUACAGCUAUGACUGGGGAUGGUGUGAACGACGCCCCUGCUCUGAAGAAGUCCGAGAUCGGCAUUGCCAUGGGCUCUGGCACCGCGGUGGCCAAAACUGCCUCCGAGAUGGUCCUGGCUGACGACAACUUCUCCACCAUCGUGGCAGCUGUGGAGGAGGGACGGGCCAUCUACAACAACAUGAAGCAGUUCAUCCGCUACCUCAUCUCCUCCAAUGUGGGCGAGGUUGUGUGUAUUUUCCUGACAGCAGCCCUUGGUUUUCCUGAGGCCCUUAUUCCCGUCCAGUUGCUGUGGGUCAAUCUGGUGACGGACGGGCUGCCAGCCACCGCCCUGGGAUUCAACCCUCCUGACCUGGACAUCAUGAACAAGCCACCCCGGAACCCGAAGGAGCCACUCAUCAGCGGGUGGCUCUUUUUCCGUUACCUGGCCAUUGGCUGUUACGUUGGUGCCGCUACCGUGGGUGCUGCUGCGUGGUGGUUCAUCGCUGCUGAUGGUGGCCCAAGGGUGACCUUCUACCAGCUGAGUCAUUUCCUACAGUGUAAAGAGGACAACCCUGACUUUGAAGGAGUGGAUUGUACAGUCUUUGAAUCCCCAUACCCAAUGACAAUGGCGCUCUCUGUCCUAGUAACCAUAGAGAUGUGUAACGCCCUCAAUAGUUUGUCUGAGAACCAGUCCUUGCUGAGGAUGCCCCCAUGGGAGAACAUCUGGCUCGUGGGCUCUAUCUGCCUGUCCAUGUCACUCCACUUCCUGAUCCUUUACGUAGAGCCCUUGCCGCUUAUCUUCCAGAUCACACCACUGAACGUGACCCAGUGGCUGAUGGUGCUGAAAAUCUCCUUGCCUGUGAUUCUAAUGGACGAGACACUCAAGUUUGUGGCCCGCAACUACCUGGAACCUGGUAAAGAGUGUGUGCAGCCUGCCUCCAAACCGUGCUCGUUCUCGGCAUGCACCGACGGGAUUUCCUGGCCGUUUGUGCUGCUCAUGAUGCCCCUGGUGGUCUGGGUGUAUAGCACAGACACUAACUUUAGUGAUAUGUUCUGGUCUUGACUGACAGCUUUACAUAAAGAAGAUGUUUAACUUAAUCAAUUUUUUUAUUGUUUAAAGCAACUGUCUAUUUCUGCUGAAUUUUCACAUGAACAUAUUGGCUGGUGAAGGAGGUUUCAUACUCUAGAUUUUGUUUUGCUUUUUCUGACUCCAGUGGGGCAAGAUUUUCCUUUUUUAUAUACAUAACUAAAAGUGUCCAUUGACAUGUACAGAGAACUAACACUAUUUUAUGCAAAUAUUUUUUUGUAGAUGAAAAAGCAUGUACAGUGUUCUGUUUAAUACUCAUCCUUGUAUAAAAAUAGUUGAGCCAGCAGACAUUGUCAGCAAAUUAAUUGGCAGCCGAUUUUAGGAAAUGAAUGUGUGUGGUUUUUUCUAAAACUAAAUAGCAUGUAUUGUGUCUUUUGCAUGAUCAUCUGGAUUUAGUUUGAUAUCACAGUCUAAUUUUUAUUCAUAAGCCAAUUUUUCUGCACUGAGCAGAGUACUGCUACCUCAGUCAGUAUUUUUUGGUUUGCCACUUCCCUCACCCCCUCACCCCCUCAUGCCCGCUGAUGACCUCCACCUCCACCACUGCCCUUACUCUCAACCCCGCUCGGCUUCCUCUCCUGUAGGGUUUUGAUGGUUUUGUUUACAUCAGUCUUAAUAAGAGGUAUGCCUGUUCUCGCUUGUGCAGAAAACAUGGUUCCAGAUUCAAAUCUACUGGGUUUGUGUGCCCUCACGUGGUUUUUAAGGUUAUUUAUUUAAAUGUCUAAUGUGUUUUAUUGUAACAGACAUUGUUUUGCCAACAUUGCCUAUUUCAGUGGCACUUUACAAUCUAGUUUAAAAGGAAAAAUAAAACAUUUUAAAUGGGCAGAAAAAUAACUGUCUUGGUUUUAACUCUUACAUGGCUUACUUUUAACUAUCUAAUAGAUGUGUCCAACUUUCUUUUAAGUUCUUAGCUCAGAACUUUGGCAUUACUGUGCUCCAGGGGAGGGUCCUGUUCUGUGUAGUCAGGUGUAGGAGUUUUAUUUUUUCAUGUAUAGGCACGAGUUGUCAUCUGUGAUUUACAUUUCAUGCAGGUUCCUGCUGGCCUGCUUUAACCUGGUGUAGAGUGUAUAAGGCCGGGUGUGUGUGGGGGUGUGUUUUGUAAAACCUGUAAAUAGUACAUGACCAAUGAACAUACUGUAUAGAACUAUUUUUAUUUUGAUGUGGCACUAACCACCACCAUCAUUCCUAUGGUAAAUGUUUUCGCAUGCUUCAAGAUCAGUCUUAACCAACAGUGUAUAAGUCAUUAACAGUCCUAACUGUGGUGUUUUUCUCCAAUGCCUUCCAACAUUCAUCAACUAAAGUGAGUAUUUUCUUCCCUGCAGUCUGGAUGCUUUAGCCUAAAGGUGGCCACCACAAAAUGAGAUAGCUGUUAUGACGCUAACAAAUAAAUAAUAACUUCCUUCCUCCCAAGCCCCCUUGUGUCUGACUCUGCCGUGCACAUGGGGCCAGCCCCCACCUGCCAGGAGAGGUUGGCUUCAGCAGGCAGGUGGCUUGGGGGACUGAGGCAUAGAAUUCCCUCACCAGAAGGCAACUCGGGUGGACGCCACGCUGCUGAGGACAGGGGCUCAGCCAGAUGCAGGGAGGCCCCUGGCAGGCCGGGGAGCCUUGCUGGCCCAGUCCUGGGAUGAAGAUUACAAAAGCAUCUUACAGCUCUUUUGAUCUUUGCUGGCUGCACAGAACUGUCCCAGAACACUGCUACUGCGUGUUCAUUAAAGAGCAAAAGGCUAGUGAAGUGACUGAGCAGUGACAUCACUGAAGCACUGGCUUCAUCUCACAGAGCUGCCUUUUUUGCACCCUCCUGGGUCCUGUCUUUGGCAGCACAGUGAGAGCACAGUCGUUAGGGCCUGACUCUGCUCAGGCAAAAACCAGCCUGUCGAUGGCCAGGGGAUGAGGGGCCUGAGCUGCAGCUCCCUCACUCCUAGUGAAAGCACGUCUGGUUACUCGGCCAGCUAGAAGACAAACAGGAAGAUGUGAUAUAAAUGCAUAAAGUUCGGGGAGGCAUUAAUGGAUAUCAUGCAGGACAAGGUGCCACACAAAGUUCAGAGGUCAGUUUAGGGGGGAUGGAAAUGGAACCUAGAAGCUAAGUGCAGGUCCUGGCCCAGCUCUCUGUGGCCACCCAGGGCUGUUUGCAGCGUGCUCUGGCUCUCGGCAGGAAGGGAGGCUUGUCUGCCCUGCCCUGCACAGAAUUGGGGGGCAGAAGGGGUUGCUAACUCUACCAUCAUGACACAGAAAUCAAUGGGUUGAGCGGAUCAGAUCCAAGAAGUGUAUUUUAGUUAUGAACUGAAAUUGGGUGGUACACUAUUAAAUGAAAAUCCAGCAAACCAUUUAGGCAAGUUUUCCUGGCUCAGUUCCUAAUUGAGUGGCCUUUGCAAAAGAUGUCAGGUGUCAUGGGCCACUGUAGGACACGCGAGCCAGCUUUGGCCUUGCUGUUCCUCAGCUUUUGUCCUUCCAGCCCAUUGACGUGGUUUGGUACCUGUUUCCUGAGGCCCCGACUUGGCUGGUUGGAAAGCACAUGUCAGUGCCUAGUGCUCAGUGGCAUCAACUCAGGUCACCCUCCUGCAACGAGGGAGGGUCCCAAAGGCAGCAGGUGCCCGGCCACCUCCUCACCCAGUGCCUGCUUCUGCCCCCACUGGGGAGGUGGAGGGCGCAGGUCACUCAGACCCACACACACCUGCCGCCAAGCAGCUCAGCUGUUCCCUGACGCACAGGCAGAUCAAAGGCCAUCCUGUCAGAGCAUUUGGCUUUUUGCUGCCCUGUGCCUCACCUUGCCUCUUUGGUACAGCUUUGCCUCCAGUCGGGAAGACCAGCACAUCCUGGGCUGCUCCUCUAGCAUCUCUAGGGUCGAGGCGGGGCAGCUGACCGGCCUCUCCCAAGCAGCUGCUGCCACACCAACCUCAAUUUGGGGCCUCAGCAAAACAUUCAUGCGGUGAGCAGACUGCAGGACAUCCGAGACCCAGGUGUCAGCUCAGCAUCUGCCAAACCUCCCUACUGCCUGGAGCCAGAGGACACUGGGUCUGCAGGGCUGGCGCCCUUUGCCUGCCCCACUGAAUUCUGUCACACCACCGCCCUGCGGUUAAUGGUAAAGGGAAUUUUCACUUUUGUUUCUCAAAAGGGAAUGGUGUAGUCAGCCCUGGUCCAGCGGCGUCCCCCUCCCUGGACUGGGAGGUGCUGGCUGCUCCUGGAGCAGGAAGGGGGAGAGCUAGAAGGCUGUGCUCGGACUGCUGCACUGCCCACCUCUGCUUCAUCUUAACCCUUUGCACUGGUAACCAGUAACCUUUCCUUCUCUUGCCCAUCUCACUUCUGUUCAGCUCCUGAAACAAUGUCCAGUAAGUGUCUGCCUGGUGGGUUCUCCUGCAAGCCAGGGGUGGCCUUGGCUCCGUAGCCAACAACACAAGGGUCUGUGCUGCUCGGUCGGGGCUCUCAGGUGUUACCCAGCAGUGUUGCAUCUCAGGACAGUUAAUCAGGAUGCUGGUCUUGAAAUCUUUAACGAUCAAGCUGAAUAUUCCUUUUCACCUACACUAUUUAUCUUAGUCUCAAAUAAAUUUAUUCUAACAUUUCUUCCCCGUAUUUCAUGAAGCUGAUUUCCUCUCUCUUUCCUUUUCAGCAAUACUGGAGUAACCGCUUCCUAAACCAUUUUGCAGCAAUGUAAGGGUGUUCGGUUGCGUGCAUGUCCAUUUUUAGCAACACAUCUACCAGCCCUCUGCAUGAUUGAUGUGGGGGAAAAGAAAAGUAGGAAAAAGUUUCCCCAAUUCAUUGUGUGUCAUAUGGAGGAAAUGUGUAUUAUCGAUGGGGUUUUUAGCUUUUAAAUCAAAAUAAUAAUUACAAAUGUACAAUUUAGCUUAAUGAAUCAGAAAGCCUCUCCAGAGAAGUUUGGUUUCUUUGCUGCAAGAAGAAUGAGGUUCUGAAACCUUAUCCAUGAACUUAGAAGCCAUCAGCCAAGUCUCCAUAUUUCUCUGCAGAAUGUCAGCUUAUAUAAAUGUACAAUAUUCAAUAUUUGAUUGUAAUGCAUGCCUUCGGAUAUAAGUAGCCAGGUUUCUUUAUGGUGUCAUUGGAACAUGCUACUUUUUAAUUGGCCCUGUACAGUUUGCUUAUUUAUAAAUUCAUAGAAUACACUACAGGUGUUGAAUGGUUAAAAUGUAGGCCUCGAGUUCAUAACUUCAGUCAUUUUUGAGUGUGCAAACAGCUCUUUUGCACUGUAUUAAAUGUAACUUAUUUAAUGAAAUCAGAAGCAGUAGACAGAUGUUGGUGCAGUAUGAAUAUUGUGAUGCAUUUAUCUUAAUGCUAAAUGUCAAUUUAUCACAACGCAUGUUUGACUUUAGACUGUAAAUAGAGAUCAGUUGUUUAUUUCUGUGCUGGUAACAACACAGUGCACAGACAUGGUUUCAGGUAAAUAAAUCUAUUCUAUGAGAA